UGUCUCCUCCCUCCCGGAUCCUCCUCCCCUCCUCCGCUCCCCCUGCGGCGUCCCGCUCGCUGCCGCGGUGUCCUGCAGGGUGUCGAGGUGUGUCGGCGGGCGGGGUGUCGCAGGGCGUGUCACGAGGUGAACUGGGGAGGGCGGAGGACCGAGGGGGGAACGACGACGGACGCGGGGCCGAGGCUCUGCCCCUCCCCCGCCGAGCCGGCGGCCUCUCCCCGGAGAAGAUGGCGGACCGCGCGGAGAUGUUUUCUCUCUCCACCUUCCACUCGCUGUCGCCGCCGGGCUGCAGGCCUCCCCAGGACAUAAGUCUGGAAGAAUUUGAUGAUGAAGACCUGUCUGAGAUCACCGACGACUGUGGCCUGGGCCUCAGCUACGACUCGGACCACUGCGAGAAGGAUGGCCUCUCCCUGGGGCGCUCGGAGCAGCCGCAGCACAUCUGCUCCUUCCAGGAUGACCUCCAGGAGUUUGAGAUGAUCGAUGACAACGGAGAGGAGGAAGAGGAGGACGAGGAGGAUGACGAGGAAGAGGAAGGGGAGGACCAGCUGGGAGGAGGCCCUGGCUCCCAGACCCCUGCCCUGGAGCCCCUGAUCCCCUCCCCCUCCCUGGAGGAGCCCCACAAGCACCGGCCCACCACGCUCCACCUGACAGCACUGGGAGCCCAGGACUCCCUGAACAACAAUGGAGGCUUUGUCCCAAUGCCUCCAGCCUCUUGGCAGGAGACAGUGCUGUGUGUACCGCACCAGGAGCCCUUAAGAGAGCCACCCGCCCCCUUCCCACUGGCGGAUGCUGGCCCUGGCAGGGGCAGGGCCAGGGAGCAGUCGCCUGUGGGCCCAGGUUGCGACUGCGAAGGGAACAGGCCCACGGGACCCCCAGUGCCAGGUGGGGCCUCGCCCUCUUCCGACCCAGGCAUCGUAGCCGACCUGGGGAGUGGCUCCAGUGGGGGCCGCGGGGGCCAGUGCAGCAGCCAGGAGCUGUCCUCGCCAGGCUCGGACUCAGAGGACGUGGGGGCCGCGCGCCUGGGACGCAUGAUUUCAUCCAUCUCGGAGACGGAGCUGGAGCUUAGCAGCAGCAGCGGCCGCUCCUCGCACCUCACCAACUCCAUCGAGGAGGCCUCGUCUCCGGCCUCGGAGCCGGAGCCGGAGCCCGAGCCCGAGCCCGCGUGCGAGCCCCCGCGCCGUCCCGCCUUCCUGCCGGUGGGCCACGACGACACCAACAGCGAGUACGAGUCGGGCUCCGAGUCGGAGCCGGACGUCAGCGAGGACGCCGACUCGCCCUGGCUGCUAAGCAACCUCGUCAGCCGUAUGAUCUCCGAGGGCUCCUCGCCCAUCCGCUGCCCCGGCCAGUGCCUGUCUCCCUCGCAGCGUCCUCCUGGGGAGCUCGCGUCGCCGGCCGGUGGAGGCCCCGAUGCCAUGGGCCCGGGCGGCGUGGAGCUGGUGGACAUGGAGACGCUGUGCGGGCCUCCGCCCCCCGUGCCCCCCGCGCCCCGGCCGGGCCCCGCACAGCCUGGGCCCUGCCUCUUCCUCAGCAAUCCCACGCGCGACACCAUCACACCGCUGUGGGCCGCCCCGGGCCGUGCCGCCCGCCCCGGCCGCGCCUGCUCCGCCGCCUGCUCGGAGGAGGACGAAGAGGACGAGGAUGACGAGGACGCUGAGGACGAGGCAGGCCCCCGGGGGGGCAGGGGCGAGGGCCCCGCGGCCGCACUGGACGCCUCCCUGGUGUACGACGCGGUCAAGUACACGCUGGUGGUGGACGAGCACACGCAGCUGGAGCUGGUGAGCCUGCGGCGCUGCGCCGGCCUGGGCGACGACAGUGAGGACGACAGUGGUGGCGAGGCCAGCGAGGACGAGGCGGGGGCUGCACUGCUGGGUGGUGGUCAGGGCCUGGAGGGCGCCUCCCCGGACAGCCCCGACCUCACCUUCUCCAAGAAGUUCCUCAACGUCUUUGUCAACAGUACAUCUAGGUCCUCCAGCACUGAGUCCUUUGGCCUUUUUUCCUGCCUGGUCAACGGGGAGGAGCGAGAGCAGACCCAUCGGGCUGUCUUCAGGUUCAUCCCUCGGCAUCCUGAUGAGCUGGAGCUGGACGUGGAUGACCCGGUGCUGGUAGAGGCUGAGGGUGACGACCUCUGGUCCCGCGGCUUCAACAUGCGCACCGGCGAGCGUGGAGUCUUCCCCGCCUUCUACGCACACGCGGUGCCUGGCCCUGCCAAGGACCUGCUGGGGAGCAAGCGCGGCCCCUGCUGGGUGGAGCGUUUCGACGUGCAGUUCCUGGGCUCCGUGGAGGUGCCCUGUCACCAAGGCAAUGGUAUCCUGUGUGCAGCCAUGCAGAAGAUUGCCACUGCCCGGAAACUGACCGUCCACCUGCGUCCUCCUGCCUCCUGUGACCUCGAGAUUUCUCUGCGGGGGGUCAAGCUGAGUCUAAGUGGUGGACCCGAGUUCCAGCACUGCAGCCACUUCUUCCAGAUGAAGAAUAUCUCCUUCUGCGGCUGCCACCCCCGCAACAGCUGCUAUUUCGGCUUCAUCACUAAACACCCCCUGCUCAGCCGCUUUGCCUGCCACGUCUUUGUGUCCCAGGAGUCCAUGCGGCCCGUGGCCCAGAGUGUGGGCCGCGCCUUCCUGGAGUACUACCAGCAGCACCUGGAGUACGCCUGCCCCACAGAAGACAUCUACCUGGAGUAGCCGCCCACCACGCUCCCACUCUGGGUACAGCUGGGCCUGGGGUGUUUCAGGCCACGCGGCUUUGGCAAGGACUGGAUUGGGGGCACGUGGGACCUGCUGUCCAGGGCUCCUCCCUGCUCUGCAGGGGCUGCUUCCCUCUGAUCCUUCUCUGUGUCUGCCUGCCCCUCCAUGCCUGCAAACUCUGCCCUCUGCUCUUUACUUUGGGGUCAGAGCCGGGAGGGGGUGUGGGGGAAGGCCAGGCUCUAGGUGCCUGGUGACAUCAGGCUCCCAGGUGGCCCCCUCCCGCCCCUCGCCUGUGAUUUAAAAGGAUUUUAAUUUUUAUAGUGAAUCUCAAGGGGCCACCCCAUCCUUGGCCACAGGGACAGAGAGGGACCCCACAGUGCCCCUCACGGAGCCCAGGGGGUAGCAGCGAGGGGUUCCCCAGAGGGGCCUGUGGACACUAGUAGUCCCUGAAGCUCACCCCAAGCCCCAGACUUUGCUGGAGGAGGGCCCGCCCACACCCCCCACACCAGCGUCCGCUUUGCCGCUGCAAACUGCCCACAGUCCAGCACCUGAAUAAACUAUCUGCUUGGUGUGA